UUUCAUCGAAUACCUACGUUUAUCAGACUAAUUGAGGUUAGAUAUAGAGCCGACUGCUGUAAUCCCAUAAAAAAUGUCGGACGUUCUAAACAAAUUUUAACUUAUGCAACUUUCAGACUGAAACAACUGUAUUCAAUGUGCACAAAUUUUAAAGAUAUACAUAGGUUGAAUAAUAAUUGUUACACUUUAUUUCAGAUAAAAGCUUUAGAGCAGCAACAAAAUCAGCCACUAGUCAUCCGAGAAAUACCUGACAAGCCGCCGCCGCCCUACACGCCACCCAACAACGCCCUAGCCAAAACUUCACGUAUGUUCGUUCUGAACGACGAUUUAGAAGAAAAAAUACAUCGGCACAUAGCACACGGAGAAGACUUCCCUUAUGAUCCUAGCGACGCGUUUAGCGUAUUUAUAAAAGAUAUUUGCGAAGAAUCUCUAGCUAGACAAAAACAGGAGCUAAGCGAUCAGCCGUGGGAUGCGUGUAACUUGCUGCCGAACGAGCAAGAGCUUAGUCCAGAUAAGAGAGGACUGAAAACGAUAAGUGAAGUCAAACAAGUGCUGUCUGGAAUUUCGCCGACUGUGGUUUCAGGGGUGGGUGCCCGGCGAUCGGACCACAUCGACGACAUCCUGUUCGCGGAGUGGCGGCGCUGCGAACCCGAGUGGACCAACCUCCACUCCGAGGAGGCCGGCGUCAAGGCACAAGUGUUCGAGAGCCUCUUUCAAAAAGUUCUUAGCGAGACUAUCGACCAAUACAAACAGACCGUUCUCGGAUUAAUUACAUCAGAUGAAAUUCACGAAAAAUCUUUCAGAAAAAAAAAAUCUACCGCCAAAAUUAGGAGAGUCUUAAAAAUAUGUAACGUGUAAUCUAUUUUAAUUAUAAAUUAUAAUUAUCAGCCUGAUGAUCAAUGGUUUUAUAUGUUCUUAGUUAUCAUUACGUAUUUGUAAUAUUACUAUAUAUAUAUAAAUAUAUAUACCUGUACUCGUAUCAUAUUGGAAAAAAGUCAUUAAUUAUUAUUUAAUACAUACUAUUUGCUGUUUGCA